GGACGUUAGCUGACUUGCUGACCAACCACAAGCGUUACCUGGUCCUUUAAAGGCAACACUGACACUAACAGAUCAAAGGGAACCAGUGUACAUUGGAGAUGACGUGACUCUGGACUGCAGCAUUGAUGGCGGUCAUACAGGCCUGGCAUAUCUCUGGUAUAAAGAUCUUAAGGCAAGCUGGAGAAACAAUGAAAACACAGUGACAAUCUCGUCUGUGACUGUGUCUGACAGCGGACAGUACCAGUGUGAAGCCUAUAGAGAUGCCCCCCCUUCUCCCGUUCCUGUCUCUUUUAUCAGUAAUGAUGUUACACUGAGAGUUAAUGGUAUACGGCUUUAUAAAAAGAGUUAAAUUUUAGCCAACAGUUGUAUUCUAACUGUGACAUCAGAUCAGCCUCUCUGACUUAGUGACUGUGCUAUUUUCGAUGGAAACCUGACGAUCCUUCAACAUCAGGAGAAUCAACAUUUCAAUAUGGGGGCUGUUGUGCUUGAAUGAGGUGUUCCAUCAGUGAGUUUUACACCCACACAGUGUAAAGAAGCUCAUCUUGGAAGGUGGUUGUGCAUGAGAUGUUUCAUUGGUGAAAGACCUUAAGAAGUGCCCAAGGAGUGGGAAUGAGGAGCUGCAAAGACCUGCAAAGGCCUACUGUCUGCCAUUUUCCCAUACUGACGAGAGUAGACCAGGAGUUUAAGGCUGCUUCCAUAUCGCUGAAGGAUUCUCUCAGAAGACUUUCGCCCAACUGAAGAACUGCUGGAGAUGACCGAAAUAAAGAGAGGCCAAACUUAAAAUGACCACAAAACGUAAAGGAAAGGAAAUCUUUGAAGGGGGUGAGGUCGAAAUGAGCUGCAAUGUCGAUGGGAAUCCACUUAAGUGGAAAUAUGAACUGUACAAGACUGGGGACAAAUACCCUUAUGGAAACCAAAUGAAGAAGAAGUUUUACAUCAGCCCUGUGACUCCAUCAGACAGUGGAGAGUACAAGUGUCGAGCCGUAAAAGAUGAUCUUCACUCGAGAUUUAGCGAACCUGUGGAGCUACGUGUGUCAGUUUCAGAGGUGACAAGAGUGAAAGCCACACCAUCAUAUAAAGAGGUGACUACAGUGAAUGCCCCACUACCAUAUAAAGAUUUGACUACAGUGAAAGCCCCACCAUCAUAUAAAGAGGUGACUACAGUGAAAGCCUCGUCGUCAUAUACAGAGAUGACUACAGUGAAUGCCCCACCAUCAUAUAAAGAAGCCAUUACAGUGAUAGCCUCCCCAUCAUAUACUGAACUGUCAGUGGAGAAUGAAGUCCGACUUGCCAUAUCUGGUCUGGUGUUGAUUGUACUGCUGAUCAUUGUGGCUGAGUUUUUGUGGAGCAGAUCUAACAAAGCUGUGUCGACUUCAGGACAAGCAGAAUCAGAAAGUAACACAAACUUGUAAAUCAUACAAACAACACCUCGAAUCUGUGAUUACUUGAGAUGGCUCAAAGAUAAGCAACCUUCAGGGAUUUAGUUGAUCAAAUUGUUUGGUUACUUUUGUCAAAUUACUUUGCUUCAUAUCAAUACAAUGGAAACAAAGGCUCCGCUAUUACUAGAGAAGAACUGCUUGACAUUUGGGAUACUUUACGUAUUAAUUUCAACACGGACGUACGGGACUUGCCUAAAAAACUAUUGCUUAGGAAAUCCUAAGAUGAUGUAAGUACUCACAGCUCCAGGAAUUAAAGUUUGUGCUGAAGACGUUGUGAGGGCAAGUCGACACUCUUGUGUGCUUUAGAAGAUGUGGAUUUCAAGUAGCGCUUUGUCUUCCAAACGUUCAGUCUCUUAGCUACAAAGCAGAUGAGUUACGCUUGCUCAAUAAAACUGA